UGUGGUAAACCUGUGGCUUUGGAGGCGCUGGAGGUUUGGAGACCCUGUGCAGCUACAAACGUUAUUCGGUCAGUGAUCCAGUCGGGAUUACGGUAAAUCGGCGGCUUUCUGCUUUCCUGUGUGUGAGCGUCAUUACGGUAACGCUGCGAGGCUACCGGGUGUCAAACAUGGCGUUGUCCUGUUCGAGCCUGUGUAACCAUUUGUCUUUGGUCCGACUGUGUGGUCUCAGGACAAACAGGACAACAAGUGGGCUUUAUUCUCCAUAUGUGUCCUGUCAGUCCAGGUUGGCCCUAUGUAGACACUACUCAUCAUCGAAAGUGAGACGAGGUAUUGGUCGAUAUGUCACCUCCAGGCUUCAGUGGGCAAAUAGCAAAUAUGAAGGUUUCCUGCAAAGGAGAUUCCCCCGCUUUUACCUGCUCUACCAUACUUUUGUGGAAGGAUUCAAAUUACUGUUCCAAGAUACCAAAGAGGUGAGGAGGAUAAAAGCAAAGAUGUCCACUGGAGUAAAGUUCCAGGAUUUGCCCUACAGAGAGAUGGAAAAACUCAGACAGUUUCGCAGAAACAUGAUCAAAGCCAUCCCGCUGGUGAUGAUAUCCAUCCCCCCCUUUGCCAACUACCUGGUUUUUGUCUUGAUGUACUUUUUCCCCCGCCAGCUCCUGAUCCCUCACUUCUGGACUCCCAUGCAGCAGGUAGAGUUUCGGGGAGUGUAUAAUUCGCUCAGGGCACGGCACCACUGGCCGGUGCUCAAAGGGCUUGAGUAUUCGAGCAGUAAGGUCAAAGACGGUCAGCUACAGACUCGCCUUAAAGACCUGUGCACUAAAGUGCAAAAUGGAGCGACUCCUAAAGUGUCUGAAAUCCUUGCUGUUCGAAGACUGUUUUCUGGACCCCCUCUGGGCAUGAAGAGGAUGCGCGUGCAUCACAUGAGGCACAUCAGCCCCCUGCUCUUCCUGACGCCUCGCCUCCCAGGUUUCCUGAUAGGCCGGCGGCUGAACAGCCACGCCCUCGAGCUGCUGCAGCUGGACCGGGCCCUCAGCAGGCUGGGCCCUCACCAGCUCAGUGACUCUGAACUCAAACAGGCUUGUUAUUUAAGAGGGCUCAAUUCUGAUAAUCUUGGCAUCAACCAGUGUCGUGAGUGGUUAUCCCAGUGGCUUCAGGUGUCCUCCUCAUUGAAAGAGUCAGAGGUGUCACUGCUUUUGCACACCAUGGUAUUUCUCUCUGCCAACUACCCAACUGGUAUCAAAUGGUCCCGCUGACAGGAAGCCGGACACAGUCUGCAUUUGUGAUUACGUUCUCAUUUGUGCACUGAGCAGCACAACAUCCUAAGAGUUGUCAACAUCUCCCUUUUGCCAAGUAAAAAACAUGUUUAAACUGUUCUUGGCAAGAUUUUUGGGUUUCAAAAGAAAAAAAAAACUGCCCGCCCAAAGCUCAAAGUAGGUCUGCCAUAAAGACAACGAUCCUGUUAAUUCUAGACACUGUGGCGUUGUCGUAUUUGUAAAUUAAAGUUCUUGUCUUAGCUAUGAACAUCUCUACUCAUUUGAAGUGACGAAUACAAAUACAAGUACAUACACAGUAAACAGAAUUUCAUUUGAAACAACAUGGUGACUAUGGAGUGGUGCGGGAUUCUGCUUUACACAAGAUUUAUUUUGGCUUAAAAAUCUUGCUUAGUGCAGUGAAACUAAUUGUGAUGCACUGAACUAUAUUUAGUGGUGAUGUUGAGGUAAUAUGAUUGCCUGUUGCUGUAUCUCAAGCUUGUUCACAUUUUAAGGCACAGACUCGUCAUCUGUUUACUUCUAAGCUAACACAAAUUCUUACAAAGCUACAAAGACAGGAAGAUUUUGUGAAGUGAAAGUUCAGCAGAACUUUCUGGUCUGUUCAUGUCUUUGCUCGAGGAAUGGUGCAAUUGCUCUGACACAUUCCAUUCAUAAAAAUACAGAUACAGGAGAUAGCUUUUGUGUGAGCAUACUUAUACAUAUUUGUUCACAUCAAACAUGUACUGUAUUUUCUCAUACCUUACUUUGUGCUCUGCUCUUACUUUUUUUUUUAAAAUGCGGAUAAUGCUGGUCACGUAAACACGUAAAGAGGCAUUUAAUGGAAAUAGUCUUGAUGAAAGGAACAACUGGUCAACAUCACGAAGCAGUAGAUUACACACAGGCUCCUAGAUAGACACUUAGGUGACUCAGCUGCAAAAACUUCCCGGCUUGUUGUGUGGGUGGAGGAGCUAAAUUCGUUCUAGAUGAAUAUCGCUCUCUUAAACCUUCUUGAAGAUGCAGCACAGAAGUUGCUGUCUGAAAAAAAAGCUGUUAUGGCACUUUAUUGUUUACUUGAUGUUUUCAAGCUUUGGAGGCCGAAUGACAUUAACUUAUCUUGGCGAGACCACAUGAGCACAACAUUUAAUUCAAGCUUUUUGCCUGUUUCAGGGUGACAGUUUUUCAAAGAGGAACUGCACAUCCCUUGUGCUGGUGUUUGUUGUGAACUAUCAAGUAGGAAAUGUCAUUUGUUUCCUGUGCCUUUCACAAGAACUGGCACAAUACAUCUGAAAUAUGAGUUGUAAAACUUAUAUUCUGUUAAUGAAUUUUUCUUUCUUUUUUUUUUAAAUAUGUGAUAUUAUUUGCUCAAGUUUUGAAUGUUGUGCUGCUGUGCCAAUAUUAUAUACACUGUCAUGGAUUUGUGUCUGAAAUAAAUACCUAUUUGGUGCA